CUCCCGGGGAAAGAGGGCGGCGUCCGGGGGAAGCCCGCAGCCGCCGCUGCUGCCGCCGGGGCUCGGAAGUGCCCGAGAGAAGGGUGCUGGGGACCCGUGGCGCGCGAGAACGUCGCCGUCGCCGCCGCCCGGGACAGCCCGGAGAACAUGAAGAGGAACUGGACCAAGAAUUUGAGCUGGAGACUGAUGCUUUAUUUGGAGGAUUAAAGAAGGACCCGACUGACUUUGAGUGGAGCUUCUGGAUCGAAUGGGGAAAGCAGUGGCUGGCAUGGCUUCUCCUUGGCCAUGUGGCAGUGUCUCAAAUGGCCACACUGCUUGCAAGGAAGCACAGACCCUGGAUUCUCAUGGUCUAUGGAAUGUGGGCCUGCUGGUGUGUGCUGGGGACCCCAGGUGUGGCCAUGGUUUUCCUCCACACCGUCAUCUCCUUCUGUGUGGCCCAGUUCCGGUCGCUGCUCCUGUCAUGGCUUUGUUCUCUCCUCCUGCUCUCCACACUGAGGCUGCAAGGUGUAGAGGAAGUUAAGAGAAGGUGGUACAAGACAGAAAACGAGUACUACUUGCUGCAGUUCACGCUGACCGUCCGCUGUCUGUACUACACCAGCUUCAGCCUUGAGUUCUGCUGGCAGGAGCUGCCAGCUGCACGCGCCUCUUACUCCUUUCCCCGGAUGCUGGCCUACGUCUUUUAUUAUCCAGUCUUCCACAAUGGGCCCAUCCUCAGCUUUCCGGAGUUCACCCAACAGAUGCAGCAGCAGGAGCUUGGCUCCCUGAAGACCAGCCUCUGUGUCCUCGCCCUGGGGCUGGGCCGCCUCCUGUGCUGGUGGUGGCUGGCCGAGCUGAUGGCUCACCUUAUGUACAUGCACGCCAUCUACAGCAGUAUCCCGCUCCUGGGGGCUGUCUCUUAUUGGACCUUAGGAGGACUGGCGUUGGCCCAGGUGCUCUUUUUCUACGUGAAGUACUUGGUGCUCUUUGGCGUCCCUGUUCUGCUCAUGCGCCUGGAUGGACUCAACCCACCGCCCCUUCCGCGCUGCGUGAGCACCAUGUUCAGUUUCACUGGGAUGUGGAGGUCAGAUGCUUGGCUUGUUAAAGUCCACCAGGGGUGUCCAGUGGGAGGGGCCAUGACUGGGCUCGUUUCAAAGGGUUCGGGCUAUCAUCCCUCUCCCUGUCCCUUGCUUAACCUGCAUUUGGCACCUCGAUUUCUUCAAUCCAACUAA